CACACAGUCAUGCUGUCCCCGAGCUCACGCUGGCUGGAGAUGCCUGCUCCCAGACUGGCGAUGGUGAGCGGCCAGGUGCUCCCAGCCUUCCUGGUGUGCAGCACGCUGCUGAUCAUCAAGAUGUACGUGGUGGCCGUCAUCACGGGCCAAGUGAGGCUGCGGAAGAAGGCUUUUGCCAACCCUGAGGAUGCCCUGAGACACGGAGGCCUCCAGUAUUGCCGAACCGACCCAGACGUGGAGCGUUGCCAGAGAGCCCACCGGAACGACAUGGAAACCAUCUACCCCUUCCUCUUCCUGGGCUUCGUCUACUCCUUCCUGGGGCCUGACCCUUUCAUCGCCCGGAUGCACUUCCUCCUCGUCUUCCUGGGCCGUGUGGUGCACACUGUGGCCUACCUGGGGAAGCUGCGGGCACCCACCCGCUCCGUGGCCUACACUGUGGCCCAGAUCCCCUGCGUUUCCAUGGCCCUGCAGAUCCUCUGGGAAGCAGCCCGCCACUUGUGACCAGCAGCUGACAUCUCCUCUGCUACCAGACCAUUGGCCAAGAACCUCCAUGGCUGUACCUGGGGACUUGGCCUCCCUUCCAGAUUGUGAUACACUCCAGGUCCUGGUUUCCUGGAAGCCUGCUGAGCAUGUGGAUCUCUGGGCCCAGUGGGCCUGUGUGUGUGUGUGUGUGUGUGGGGAACAGAAUGUGUAUGUGUGUGUGUUUCUUAGACCCUUGGAUUCCUGGAUGAAGUGGCCCAUUGGAACCAUUUAGAGAUGGGUUGUCAAGACUGAUAGAAAAUCCUCCAACUCAAAUAACAGAGCAGUGAAAACAUCACUCCCUGUCCCUGCCUUAGCGUGAGAAGAGAGAGGAAAGACUCCAUUCAGGACUCCCAAACCUAACAACCAUCUGAAUCCAGGGCUGAAAAUGCAGACUUCUCAGACCACCCCCACCCCCAGAGGUGGGCCUGGCCAUCUGUAUUUUCAAUAGGCCACCCCAUGUGAGGCCCAUCGAUGGCCUAGGCCUGGGAGCUACUGCCAGUUUGCUCUAGAGGUGGGGCCCAGGAACAGGCAGGGUGUCCUGGGGU